UUCUGACCACGUCCACACACGCAUCAGACAAUCCAACCAGAGGGACGGGAAGCCAAACUAUGAAGCUUUAGUUAACACCAGCUGAGCAUUUCUCUCUCUCUCUCUCACACACACACACACGCCGGAUGAUUCUCAGUUUGCUCGGUGUUUUCGACUCUGCUGCUCUGACUUUUUUUGUUUUGUGCAGAGAAACUCAUCUGGUGCGUUCAAAGUCUCCAUGCGGAAAGCAGAAAAAGUGCUCUGCCACGUUUUAGAAGCAUAAAGGAGCAUCGAUCUGAUUUUUAUUUUGGUUUUUAUUUUUUUUCCUUCUUCUUUUUCGGUGUUUGCUGUCAGGACGGCGGGACUUGUUUAGAAAGUUUUUUAGUUUUUUAGUUUUUUUCCGGGGGGGCAGUUUGCAGAAAGAAGAAUGCUGCCCCAGCUCCUCACCCUGACCUGUGCUCUCUGCUGCUUUGGUUUUACCUCCGUCACUGCAAAUGUACUAAAAGCAGAGGCUUGGCUGCAGCAGUAUGGCUACCUGCCUCCAGGUGAUGUCAGAGCCCAGGCCAUCCGCUCACCAAAGUCCAUCGUAACAGCGAUAUCAGCCAUGCAGAGGUUUUACGGUUUGACUGUCACCGGCUCCAUAGACUCCAACACGAUAGAGGCGAUGAGCAAGCCGCGGUGUGGCGUCCCAGAUAAGUUCGGCCCGGAGCUGAAAACCAACCUGAGGAGGAAGAGAUACGCCGUGCAGGGUCUGAAGUGGGACAAGUCUGAGGUGACCUUCAGCAUACAGAACUACACCCCUAAGAUCGGCGAACGUGCCACAAACGAAGCCAUCCGAAAAGCCUUCAAGGUGUGGGAGAGCGUGAUCCCGCUCACCUUCAGAGAGAUCCCGUACAGCCACAUCAGAGACAAGGUCGACAAGUUUGCAGACAUCAUGCUCUCCUUCGCCGAGGGUUUCCACGGUGACAGCACGCCCUUCGACGGCGAGGGCGGCUUCCUGGCUCACGCUUACUUCCCCGGACACGGCAUCGGAGGAGACACGCACUUUGACCUCGCUGAGCCGUGGACAACAGGGACUGCCGACCAGGGAGGUAAUGACGUCUUCCUGGUGGCCGUGCAUGAGCUGGGUCACGCUCUGGGUCUGGAGCACUCCAACGACCCUUCUGCCAUCAUGGCCCCCUUCUACCAGUGGUUUGAUACAGAAAACUUCCAGCUCCCAGACGAUGACCGCCGGGGCAUCCAGGCAAUCUACGGAACCAAAUCUGGGGGUCCCCCUCCUCCCCCUCCACCACCUCGACCCACGAAGGCGUCAAGCCCAGACCACGGCCCAGACAUCUGUGAGGGACACUUUGACACCAUCGCUAUCCUCAGAGGGGAAAAGUUUGUAUUUAAGGACAAGUGGUUUUGGCGUGUGCGUAACAACAAGGUGUUGACAGGUUACCCGAUGACUAUCAGUCAUUUCUGGAAAGGCCUGCCCGCAAACAUCAACGCCGCCUACGAGAGAGACGAUGGGAAAUUUGUCUUCUUCAAGGGUGACAGGUACUGGGUGUUCAGCGAGUCCAACAUGGACAAGGAUUCUCCAAAGAGCCUGAAGGACCUGGGCACCGGUCUACCCAAAGACAAGAUCGAUGCUGCUCUCUUCUACACACCAACAGGACAGACGUACUUCUUCAGAGGCACCAAGUAUUACCGCUUCAACGAGAAGACUCGCACCGUGGACACUGGUUAUCCGAAGCCCAUCAGCAUGUGGAGCGGCGCGCCAGAUAACAUCAAAUCUACCAUCAUGAGCGAGGAUGGAUCUUACACUUAUUUCUACAAAGCCAACAAGUACUGGAAGUUCAACAACCAGUACAUGAAGGUGGAGAGCGGCUACCCCAAGUCUGUGCUCAGUGACUGGAUGGGCUGCGAAGGCGACGAGCCCAAGAAGGGUCGGGAAGAGGAGGUGAUCAUCAUCGAGGUGGAAGAAUCGCAGGGCGGCGCCGGUCCGGUGGCCGUGGUGAUCCCUCUCCUCCUACUGGUGCUGGUCGUGGUCACUCUGGGAGCGCUUUUGUUCUUCAGGAAGUACGGCACGCCUCGGCGCCUCCUGUACUGCCAGAGAUCCCUCCUGGACAAGGUGUAGACAGAGCGACGGGAGGUGAUUGACAGACUGCCACAGAGGGACAGAAAGAGAGAGGGAGAGAGAGAACGAGGGCCGAGGGUGAAGACGGAAACUGAGAUGGGGGAGGGAAGGGGGGAUUUGGAAGAGGAGGAACCGGAGAAAAGACAGAAGAGAUGGGGGGGGGGGAGAAGGGGGACGGUGUGUUAAGUCUUGGGUGGUUUGUACGUGCCACAAAAGGGAGAAAAGAAAAAGGCCCUAGAAAACUGAAAUCAGGAAAAUGUGUAUUUGUAUGUUAACUAUUUACAUGUACUGUUCUGUGUGCAGAGAUUAACAACAUACCCGCGAUCUCACAUAGAGAAGGGAAAUAUACAAAGAGACUCAUGUUCAUCAUCAGCGACUUCCUCCCGCCUCUCCUCUCUCACAUUAAAGAAAAGAGAAAAAAAAAAAAAAAAAGCACCCCUCCUUCCUUCCUCUCCUUUAACUGGACGACUCCAGCUGAACUGCUGUCUGAUUCUUAUUUUUGAAAUCUCUGAAAUACAUUUCAUGCCAAUGGUGGGGAGGGAAUCUCUUGAAUCCAUCGUUUUUUUUUUUGGCAAAGUUUGGCUCAUUUCCUGCUUGUCUUUGAUUUCUUUCUCUACCACUAAGUAGGGCUGGGUGUCAAACCUCAUACUCCUGCACAUAGCUUUAAAAAACAAGUCGGUAUUGAAUGUCUGGUCAGAUUUAUGACCUUGCUUCCGUAUUCUUUGAUCGAGUAGAUCCAGAUUUAACAAACUUUUGUUUGCAAUUUUGUUUUUUGUGUUUAUUUCUCGAGAACUUUGGCUUCUUUUGUCAAUAGAAAACAAGGAUUAAUGGUCAUAUUUCUCCAUAUAGAACACUUUAAAACGAUGCCUAGCCUUACUACUAAGAGGAUUCUCUCCUGUCUAAACUCUAGAGUUGUUCAGUUUUAGUUAUAAUCACCUGCCCACUCUUUGGAUGGUUUCGAUGGAGCUGAGGUAUAAUAAGCACGCCUCGUAUGCACAGUGUUUAGUAUCGAUCGAUGCAGACGUUUGAACGUGCACGGACGGUUCUUGUGGUACAAAAACUAGGGGAAAAAAAACUUUUCUUUCAGUGCAAGCAGUCAGAUGGGAAAAAUAUUUCUUUAAAAAAAAAACACACAAAAACAAAAAAAAAUGUGACUUUAUCUCACAGAUGAAACAUUCCAGUACAUUUGUUGUCGAAUACGAGCAGAGCUGCUCGUCCAGAUGUGUCAGUAAGCGGUACAAGUUUCCAACAAUACGGUGCAAUUCUUUUUUUAAUUAUUAUCGUUGUUAUGGGAAAUUGUUGUUAUUAUAAGUAUGGUUAUUGUUAUUAUUGUUCUCCAGGUAAAGUUUUUUUUUUUUCUUUUGUACAUUGUCAUUCGGAGUCCUGCUGGACAGAGGCAUAACGUGACAAUGGUGGAAAUGAAUCCCAGUUUACACUCGGCAUGUGAUGAAUUAGAUCAGAUCAGAGGGCGGGUAAACGUGACGUUACCCAGACAGAUGUUGGCACAGAGUAACAAGUAAUGCUAUUUAUGAACUUUAAUGGUGCUCGAUGAUUUUUGUUUUACACAAAUCAAAAUUGAAGGUGAAUUCAUUUAGUUAAUAACAAUGAUAAUGGUAAUGAUAUUUAUAAUGAUGAUCAUAUCAAUAAAAUGGAAUGACAUUUUUUUUUUCCUGCCUGUUUUCACUUUUGUAUUUCAUUAGAUAAAGUGAAAUUAAACUAUUUUCUACAAACAGUC